AUGCAGUCAUUCAAGGCAGUUUUCUUUAAGCCGGAUCCCCAGGAACAAAAACGAAAAUGUGACAGUAUUAUCCGCAAGAACGUGCGGGGGCUCGACCGCGACAUUACCAAUCUCAAAGUCACUGAGCAAAAGACACGAGCUCUCAUUCUUAACGCUGCGAAGAGAGGACAGAAGAACCCCUCACAAGCCAAACAAGGAGCCAACGAGGCCCGGAUCUUUGCGCGAGAGCUGAUCAAAGUGCGAAAACAGGCGGCAAGACUACACACUAGUAAGGCACAACUACAGAGCGUGCAGAUGCAGGUAAACGAGGCUUUCUCAGUUCGCAAGAUCGAAGGCAGCCUCAAAGCAAGCACGCGGAUCAUGAAGGAUGUUAACACGUUGAUUCGACUGCCGGAAUUGACGGGUACAAUGCAGGAACUGAGUCAGGAAUUGAUGAAGGCCGGCAUCAUCGACGAGAUGGUCGGCGACGCUCUGCCAAAUGAUGAGCUUCUGGAAGGAGAGGACGAGGAGGCUGAGACUGAAGUCGACAAGAUCCUGGGCGAGGUCCUGAAAGGCAAACUCGGGGCGCAGGAACAGCAACUGCCACAACUCCCUGUCGAGCAGGAAGAAGAAGAGGAAGAAGACAGAGAAGCGGAACUGGAACAAAUGCGAGGGAGGCUAGAAGCACUAAAGAGUUGA